UUUCACCUUGUCCUCUUCUAAUUAUCUUCUUCCUCUUUCUCAUCAGGAACAUAAAAAGUUAACAGGAACCGAAACCGAGACCAAGAAGGAGAAGAGAGAGAGGGAAAAUAUCAGGAAUCGGAGAAAACGCCUCGGUCCCUCGUUCUCCAUCAACGACGGCUGCUGGUUGAGAUGCCCUUUUCGUCUCGACAACCCAUUUGAUCGACUUUGGUUUUUCCAGAUAAAGUGCUACUGGUUUAAGCUGAUGGUUUUCCUCUUAUCUUGGCUGAACAAUUUUUCUUCUGCCUGAGAUUCUGUAGCUUCAAUGAUGAGUUCCUGGGGGAAUUUGAUAUAAUUGUUUAUCACUUCCUAGAUUUCUUUUGGGGUUAGAUUUUGGCCCUGAUGCAAGGUCGAGGGGGUACGAUUAACUCCUUCCUGGACUCUGUUAACAUUGAUCAGGGAUCUGCUCCCAAUAAUACCAGUAUGACUCAGCAUAAUUCUUUGAAUAAUGUGUUGGAUCCAGCUGAAACCUGGCUGUCCAAUUAUGCAUUAACUUCUGGUGGGGCAAUGGAAAGCAAUGCAAUUACUGAAGUUCAGAGUUUUAGUUUUUGGAAUUCUGGUGAGCCCAGCUCUAGAUUAAGCCCAGAAAACCAGGUUAAUGAUGAUGGAAUAAAAAUGGAAUGUGGUUGGUCACCUUCUUCUUAUAGUGUUCAUGCUGGGGCUGGUCCAAGGUCUGAACGAAGGCAAAUUGAAUCAACAAAUAUUAUUUUUCCUGCAGGAGUUCACAAUGGACAGAGUGCCAAUCAGGGUAGAAAUGGGCCCAUAUAUUUGCAAGGUUCCAGCUCUAAUCAUAUUCCACAAAAUGUGAAUCUAAAUGAAGAAUAUACUGGUGGCAGUGCUAGUCAUGUGCCAGCUACUGCAGCUAGUAUAGGCCCUGAUCUCCAUAACUCAUCUGCUCUAGAAAGAGAAUGGACAUCUACUGCUUUUGAUAAUGUUGGGAGUUCAUCUGGGAGCUCUAGUUACAUGGUGGAAGAAAGCAGUAGCAGCUCUAGCUGUUGGGGUUCAUCUUGCAAGAGAAAAGCCCUUGAAGGCACAUCAGGACAGUCUUAUUCUGAUGUUAAUUCAAGCUGCUCCCAACAAGUUGAAAAUGGUUCAUGGCAUACAGGUCUUCCUCGGAAUGAUGCUUCUAGCAGUUUGAGUUUAUCUACACCUCAAGCUAUUCCUCCUGAUCAGCUGAACUUGAGUGUUGGGUUUGGUUUAAGAGAAGUAGCCACUGAUGCUUUUCCAUCUUCAAGUAGUAGAAGAACAAAUCCAGGAAAUCAACAAGAUUCUUUGCCGCUUAGUCUAUCAUCAUCAGCAUUCUCCAGACGGUCCUCCUCAUCUAAUCAGUCACCUACACCUGCACCAUAUAAUAACUCUUUAGAUUUAAGAUCCACAGCUACAGUUGUUGCAAAUUCAACUUCUGCUCAGAAUCAACCUCACAGAGUGCAUAUUUCUGCUGCAUCAAGCAAUGUGCCUCCUUUUCGUUGGACUGGUGCUUUCAGUUCACAAGCUGGAAAUCCAUCUAUUAAUGCUGGAGAUAGAGGUGAAGGCUCGCAGGAGGAAGUGAACAUAAGAAACAUCCCCAGAAGCAAUGCACAAAAUCCCAUAUUGAUUCCUGCAAGUGAGACAAGAAACAUGGCACAAGAUCCAACAGGCUGGACUCUGUCCUCUGGUAACAUUACCACAUCUGGUGGUGUUCCAUCUUCUGCUCAAACUGGAAACAGUUCAAGCAUCAAUUCUCCCCAUAGUCCUUGGGUUUCUUUACACUCCACUUCAGCACAAAAUCAGCCAAGAUUAUCAGAAUUUUCUCCUUGGUCUUUAUUUCCAUCUAUUGACUCUGAAGCUGCUGUUCAUAUUGGUAAUUUUCCCCAGCUGCCUGCAGGCCCUUCUUCGUCCUCACAAGAGACAGCAGGGUCAUCUGGAUCUCGUAGCCAAGGUAAUAAUCAACCACAUUCAAGGUCAUCAUUCCUGUGGGAGAGGCAAGGUGAUGAAAUUCUUGGAAUGCCUCAUUCUUUGCGAGCUUUAGCUGCUGACAUCGAAGGGAGACACCGGUUAAUAUCAGAGAUUCGUCAAGUCUUGAAUGCCAUGAACAGAGGGGAGAACCUACGAAUUGAGGAUUAUAUGCUUUUUGACCCAUUCGUAUUCCAUGGCAUGGCUGAAAUGCAUGACAGGCACAGAGAUAUGCGCCUUGAUGUGGAUAACAUGUCUUAUGAGGAAUUGUUAGCAUUAGAAGAACGAAUAGGGGAUGUGAACACUGGACUGAGCGAGGAAACCAUUUUGGAGUUGAUGAAGCAGCAAAAAUACAGGUCAACUGCAACACGACCCUCACAAGAUGUUGAACCAUGCUGUGUUUGCCAGGAGGAAUUUGUGGAAGGGGAUGAUCUCGGGGUAUUAGAUUGCGGUCACGAAUUUCACACCAACUGUAUCAAACAAUGGCUUUUGCAGAAAAAUCUCUGCCCCAUCUGCAAGACAACAGCCUUGCUUAAACAAGAGCGAGAAGGUCAUUGUUAAGAGUAAGAAUUUUAUUUUUUUCCUGUCAUGUAUCAUCUCAUAAUAGGAUGGACAAUAUCCUUUUCAAAUUGGUUUUACUUGUUCAUGAACUUCAUUACAACUAAAAUGUAGAUGGAGAUGCUGUCAAUGUUAUGAAUUCAGCAUGAGCGACAAAAUGAUUGGCACUUCAAAGUGAAGCGACAAUCAUAAUCGUACUUUGAAAUAAUAUUACUGACAAUAUCAAGCAUUUUAGAAUGGAGACGCAGGAGAGUAGUUUUUCCUUCGUUUUACUCCUACCUUCAACCGGUUUUCCGAACCAACCUACGGUUCCUAGAUUUCCAUUUAAAUUUCAGACAUGGACAUCCUCCAAUGUUGUUACCAAUCUCUGUGGCGAUGAAAAGCACGGAUGGGCAUCUGUGCAGUUACUGCAGUAUUAAAGAACUGUGCAUGGC